AGUAAACUUGUCAAAAUGACUGCCUUACCUUACCUUUUUGUAAAAUUAUUUCUAUAUCUAAUACGCCGUUUUCUUUAGUUCAUACUAAUGUUUGGGGCCCUUCUCCUGUUCUCACCGAAGGGACUUCUGCAUACUAUGCGUCUUUUGUUAACGACUGCACCCAUUAUACUUGGUUUUAUCUCAUGACUCAUAAGUUCGAUUUCUAUCAGAUAUAUCGUACCUUUCAGUCUAUGAUUACUACUCAGUUUAGGUUUACAAUUAAAGUGUAACGGUCUGACUUGGGUGGGGAAUAUUUUAAAAAUGAAUUCUGUGAGUAUUUGGCCAAUUUGGGUACUAGUUACCAAACUUCUUGUACCGAUACACCUGCUCAAAAUGGUCGAGCUGAACGUAAACACCGUCAUCUCCUUGAGACAGCUGGUCUCUUCUUCUCUCUGCCUUAGUUCUGGCUCCGUUUUGGGGGAAGACCGUUCUUACUGCUGCUUUUCUUCUCAACUGCAUGCCUACUUCCUUUCUUUCUAAUUGGUCUCCUUAUGAGACUUUGUUCUCCCAAAUUUCUAAUUACUCCCUCCUUUAUGUGUUUGGGUCUGCUUGUUUUGUCUUUCUUCUCCGCAAAGAUCGGACCAAACUUAGUGCCCGGUCUGUCCUCUGUGUCUUUUUGGGUUAUAGUCCUACUCAGAAAGGCUAUAGGUGUUACGACCUUGUUUCCCGUCGUUUUUAUGUCUCCCGUUAUGUUUUUUUUUCUCGAACAUCUGCCUUAUUUUCAGCUUUCCUCUCACUGCUCCAGUUUCCAAAAAGGAUUUGGUUCAUAUUGACCCAUUUCCUUCUGAGGUCUCGUCUGAUGAGUAUAUCUCUACUAUUCCUCUCGAGCUCAUUUUAUCUUCUUCCCCUUCUACCCCUCCUAUUGAGUCCCUCUCCACUGAUCCUCUUGAGGUUAUUCCUACUUCUCCGACUACGUCACCUAUGGCUCCAUCUCCUCCUUCGGCUUCUUUUUCUCCUCCGUCGUUGGUCUAUUCUUGUCGCAAGGCUCCCCCACCACCAGUUAUCUCUACUCCUAUUGCUGCUCCUUCUACUUCUGACGACUCUGAUCUUACUGCACACCGAUAUCUUACUCGUGAGCGUCGUCUUUCAAACAGGGUGCAUCUGAAGGUUGGAAGUGGAGCAGCUAGCACCAAAAGACGCAGAAGUACUGGACAGGUGAUGGAAGCCAUCAUUAUUAUUAGUGAGCUGUCAAAGCCAACCACUUCUUCCUGCUUCAGGGCGUGUGACGCGAAAACAGAGGUUUUAUAUUUCAAGGACUUCUCACCUUCUUCAAUUUCCCAAUCAUCUCUGAAUGGAUUAACAAGCAUCGACUGGAAAAGUUACGGAUUGAUUUUGAGGAGUAUUGCAGAUCACGAUGGCUAUGCAUUGCUGGAAUGGGAGAACUUGCCACCAUAUGCCCAUAUUGAUAUUGUCCUCCACAGUUAUCAUAAGCAGGUCAUGAAGCCAGAAGGCAUGCAAAAGACUCAUCUUGAUCGAACUCUAAUCCGAAAAGCAGUUAAACUUGCAUUGAAUGAUUUGAAGGAGAAAAACACAGGAGCUCUUCUCAGCGCAAAUGCUCUCAAGAUUUGCAGUUAUGCCCCAGAUCUUGCAAGAACAAUUGGUGGCUUGAUCCUGUCUUCCAAUGACUUAGACUUCCAAGGAGAAUGCCUUUCUCUUCUUGGGUUGCAGUGCCAAGAAAUUAAAGGAGAAACAAUUGAAGACUGCAUUAAGAGAAAGAUAAUUUCAGCCAUAGAGAUGAAUGAUAGAAAGCCUCAAAGAAACCGAGAAGCUGCACCUUUUCUUUUUGAAGAUGACCACUUCCAAGAACCAGCCGUCCUAGACGAGGAAUAUGAAGAAGAUGAGCAAACUUUUAGCUCUUUCAACCUAUAGAACAAUCUAUGCAUCAUGCCAUCCAUCAAUCUAGGAUCUGUCUGAUUAUUAGUGUAUGCAAUUUUAAACUAAAGGAUUGAAUUACAUUUCAAAGCCAAGAGUAAGAAAUUACACACAAAAAAAGAGUUAUUUUAUUUUUAUUUUUUGCAUUAUAGUUCCAACCCAAAGUUACACAUUCCUUUGCCGGUAAUUACUUAUACUGAAAGCAUCAAAUACAUUGAGAAUUUAGAUGUAUUUUGUGAGGUCACACACAAAAAAGAAGAGGCUAAGCAGCCUAAAAAAAGUAUUAAAGUA